AUCAUCACUGUUUAGCAUUGCAACGCACAGACCAGUUGAAGGACGGAUGCUUCGCGCAGGUGUUGUUGCUGCUGCAGGUGGAUGCAGACGACUUGCAUUGGCGCCAUCCGCGGCUCUGCACACUGCUGGACGGCGCAUGGGCGGCUGCAGCAACGCAGAAGUGGACGAAGGGCAGCAAAGAGCGGCACUUGCGAUGAUGAUGAUGGCGCGGUCACUCGUCCAGCGACCGACGAGCAGACGACUCGCCACAGGAGGAGUCAUCAGUGAGACGCGUGUGGCUUCAUCGCUGUCACUGUCAUCGUCAGCACUGUCGCUCGCAGGGGCGGCGGCGGCGCGUGCUGCUGGCGGACUCGCUUGGAACUCGACGAGCCGCGCUGCCAUUCACACCGUCCAGGCUCAGCCGGCUGGGUCAGCAGCAGCCGCGCCAAGACUACUGCCGCCGAGAUCAGAGCAGGCUGCGAGCAUUGGGCACCAGCGCGAGGAUGGCGUGGGCGCGACGGCAGACGCUCGUGCGACGCCAAUCCACCAGCAAGCGUUGCUCAAGGGUGGCGCGCACUUGAACCCAAGACCAUCGUCAGGAGCUCAUCAGACGCUACUACACGCACAAUCCAACAUGACGGAUGCGAUGGAGCGGAUAUCCGACCGAAUCGCUUCAAGUCAACAACAAGAACAACUAGCAAAGCCGCCACCAACAGAAGUUGGCAUCCGAAGCGUUGCAGGCCGCAAACCAGUCAAUGAAGACCGCUACAGCAUAGCACAAAUAUUCCCGAAUGUCAAGUUUGUGGCCGUGUACGAUGGCCAUGGCGGCGCCCAUGCUGCAGAAUUUGCGCAACAACAUUUAAUCUCGUCGAUCGUGCCCGACCCCGUCACUGGCGCCGUCGAAGCAGCACAGCUCGUCGACGCCUUUGAACAUGUCGAUGCCAUGUUUUUCAAGCGCUUUGGCCCAAAAGCAGCUCCGCCCCUGUCCGACACGAGUGAUGGCGGCCCUCAGACACAGUCUGCAGCAACCAUGCUGGAGAGCGGGACGACCGCUGUGGUGGCCAUCAUCCACAACGACACGCACGUACUAUUGGCACAUGUGGGCGACAGUAGAGCGCUCCUGAGCCACCGGGGCACCGCCAUUCCGCUGACCUACGACCACAAGCCCACCCGAGCGGACGAGUCUGCUCGGAUAGAACUUGCCGGCGGUCGGAUUGAGGGCUACGCUGUUCAGCGAGUCAUGGGCAGGCUUGCAAUGACGCGAGCGAUUGGAGAUCCGCAUCUCAAGCAAUACGGGAUUGUGCCCACUCCGGAUGUGCACGCCCGCGUCCUCACGGACCAUGACAACUUUCUCGUCCUGGCCUCAGACGGGCUCUUUGACGUCGUGAGCAAUGACGAGGUUGUAGAUGCCGUGCAAGAGCAUCAGUCGGUGGACGAGGCAGCCGAGACGCUCGUCAAUCUCGCGCUGUCCUACGGCUCUCGCGAUGAUAUCACGGUUGCCGUCGUCCGCCUUCGCGGCUGGGAGGCGUUCUGUGUUCCGUCCAGCACCACGAAGGGAUUUAUUCAAGUGAAUACGCGCAAUAUGACGCGACCAUCGUCCUGAAUGGUCGUUCUGCUCAUUUGAGGGGAUUUUUUUAGAAGCAAAAUGAUGUGCUUCUUUUGUGUGAAUACAAGACAGACAAGC